AUGGAAUCGCCGAUCUUCUUCGAGGUUUCAUCCGCCCAUGCGAGCUUCGAAGCGCCGCAUGAUGCAUGUGUGAGAUUGUGUAAACCGGAGUCCGAUGACGACUUUGCCCUCGUCCCGCGAAGUGCAUCCCCGUCGAGAACAGUCAAACUCUCCUUCGAUAUUCAAAAGGUCGCCGGUCCUUUCAAAACGCUGCACCGAAGGAAAACACCCGCCCAACGCAGAGCCGCAAGAGAGAACCAAGUCCGCGAGCAAGAAAAAUUUCCAAGAUGGAGAACAGUAGCACCCCCAACCCAUUGUCUGCUUCAUUGGUCUCCAGCUCCAGACAGCCUGCCCCGCAUCGCUUCUCGACCCUCUGCGCAACCGUCGAAAAUCCCGAUGCGGACCACCAGGAUCGAUAUGGCUCGAGCAGCGUGCCAAUCUAUCAAAGUUCGACCUUCAAAGGGGUCGAUGGCCCGUACGACUAUACUCGCAGUGGUAAUCCCAGUCGGACCUUCCUUCCACGCAUUUGCCGUCAGUUCUGGUAUGGCCGCAUUGGAUGUCAUCCUGCGCACCCUUCAACCCGGCGAUGAGAUCAUCGCAGGAAAUGAUCUGUACGGAGGCUCGAAUCGAUUGCUAGCCUACAUCAAGGAACACAAUGGAAUCCUUACUCACCAUAUUGAUACCACCAACCUGGAAAAUCUCAGCCCGUUCUUGGUCAAAGACAGUCGAGUACGAAUGGUCCUUCUCGAAAGCCCCACCAACCCACUCCUCCAAAUUGUCGACAUCCAAGCCGUCAUCAAGCUAGUCAAAGCCCACAUCCCAAAGGCCAUCAUCGUCGUCGAUAAUACGAUGAUGUCCCCCUAUCUGAUGAAGCCACUCGAAUUCGGCGCCGAUGUGGUCUACGAUUCGGGCACUAAAUACCUCAGUGGACAUCACGACUUGAUGGCCGGAUUGGUGACCUGUAACUCUGAUGAGAUUGCCAAACAACUGGCGUUCGUCAUCAACAGUAUCGGCAACGGACUGGCCCCUUUCGAAUGCUUCUUACUUACCAGAGGCAUCAAGACCCUCUCCCUCCGUCUCGACCGUCAGCAAGCUUCUGCAAUCCGAGUUGCUAGAUAUCUCGACCAGCUGGGCUUCAAGGUCAACUUCCCCGGUCUAGCCCACCACAAAGGCAAGGAGAUACACGACCGUCUUGCCAAAGGUCCCGGUGCCGUCCUCAGCUUCGAGACGGGUGAUAAGCAAUUGAGCGAAAAGAUCGUCAGCUCGGCCCGAUUGUGGAGUAUCAGCGUCAGCUUCGGAUGCGUCAACAGCUUGAUCAGCAUGCCUUGCUUGAUGUCUCACGCAUCGAUUGACCCCGCUGUUCGGGCCGCUCGUAAUCUGCCUGAAGACUUGAUCAGGCUCUGUGUAGGGAUCGAAGAUCCAGAUGAUCUAUUAGAAGACCUUCAAGCAGCCUUAGUCGAGGCCGGGGCCAUCAGAACUCUUGACGAGACCAGGGUCGACUCAGGCUACGAACGAGUCGGAAUGACUCCCUUACCAAUUUCUCCUGCGGAAGCGAUGAUACCCCAUAAAGACUGUCUCGGGUCUUCAGCAAACCCUACCACCCUGUUGGUCUCGGCACCAGGCAAGAUUAUCCUCUUUGGAGAACACGCUGUCGUGUAUGGCAAGAAAGCAAUCGCCGCUGCUGUCAAUCGACGCUGUUACUGCUUGGUCGAGCCUGAAGGACCACACGCGGCCGAGUGCGUCACCUUGCGCCUUCCUGACUCUGGAUGGAGUUGCACUUGGUUCAUCGAUUCAUUACCUUGGGAUACUGUCAAGCCUACCGCCGAAGGCGAGUUGCAUGUGGAUCCUCAAUUAUCGGAAGCUGUGUGGAUCAAAGCCACGAAGCUAGCCGAAACAACUAGCCUGGCUCAAGCUGCACAUGCUUUCUUGUACUUGUUCAUGCAUUUGGCUACGAAGGAAAACAGGCGAUCGCAAGUCUUCACGAUCCGUUCUACUUUGCCGAUCGGAGCAGGGUUAGGUUCUUCGGCUUCGUACUCAGUAUGCUUGGCUAGCGCCCUACUAUACAGCCACCAGCACAUAGCAAUGCCCACUCAAAAAGCCAUCGAGAGAGCCGAUGUCGAAACGAUCAACCGAUGGGCAUUCCUAGGAGAAAAGAUCUUGCAUGGUAGCCCAAGCGGAGUAGAUAACACGGUCUCAAGUUUCGGAGGAGCAAUUUGUUUCCAAAAAUCAGUCGGGGAGGGGGGCGAACAAAAAAAGCAAUCGAUCGAACAGAUCCAGGGCUUCGGAGCGAUCAGAAUCUUGAUCAGUGACACCCAAGUGCCAAGAGAUACCAAAUCAUUAGUCGCUGCCGUCGCUCAGCGGAAAGAAAAUGAUCCUGAGCAUAUCGAGCGCAUCCUGGACGAAAUCGAAGAGAUCACCUUUACCGCACGAGAAUCGAUCAAAAAAUUGACUCAAAUCGGAGAAUCAAAUUCGACCAAUGCUGAAAAGCCAGCUAUUGACUUACUGAAGAAAAUGAGGCCUGAAAUCAUCAAUUCAUUGGGACUAAUGAUGGCCAGAAAUCACUCGUUACUUUCUGCCCUAGGCGUUGGCCAUAGUAAACUCGACCUCGUCAAAUCGUUUGCCGCCUCCUACGGCUUGGAAACCAAGUUGACUGGAGCUGGUGGUGGUGGAUGUGCAAUUACCUUAAUACCCGACACGUUUGAGGAAGAAAAGAUGUCAGCAAUCGUUAAAAAUGUUAAAGCCAAUGCGAUGAAUGCUUAUGAAACCGAAAUCGGCGUCUCUGGGAUCGGAAUCUUGAAUAACUUGAACCAUCAUCCUCAAGAACUUGUGGACUCGAUUAAGACUAUUUACUUGACUUCACAUCUCAGCAAUCUCAGCCAAUCGUUGUCCAAUCCUUCUCCAGAUCUCACUCGUGAUAACCUUAAAUUCCUUCCCAACCAAGUUAAUCCUCCAUCAGCCACAGGACCUCACAGCCCGGGCUUGUUUUGGAGCUUUGCUUAA